UUGAUUUGACUUUGGCUUUUCGGUUGGGUUCUAUGAGUCGGAGUCUUUGCGUGUUGUUAUUUUGACAAGAGGCCAACUGGCCCAAUUUGGAGUUUUGUGGAAGGAGGCCAAAAAUUGUCCCCAAGCACCGUGUUGCCUUCCGUGUCAGUGGUACCACCAGGACAAAAGAGAUGGCAGAGGCAACGCCAUCCACUCCUUUCCCUUCCCUUGAAGAUCGUCUGGCCGUCCUCCAUCCUUCUCAGGAGCUUAUGGAAUAUUAUCAAAAGAAGAUGACUGAUUUUGAGACAGAAAAUGAGGAACUGUUGAAGAGACUAGAAUUCUACAGAGAAGCUUGUGAAGGACAGCAUAAACUUGAACGGGAUUUGCAGCAGAGGGAGGAAGAGAUUGCUGAAUUGCAGAAAGCUCUAAGUGAUAUGCAAGUCUGCCUCUUCCAGGAACGGGAACAUGUUUUACGCCUCUAUUCAGAAAAUGAUCGACUGAGAAUCAGGGAGCUAGAAGACAAGAAAAAGAUUCAGACUCUCUUGACUCUUGUGGGAACAGAUGCUGGAGAAGUAACUUAUUUUUAUAAGGAGCCUCCCCACAAAGUCAGCAUUUUCCAAAAGACUACCCAGACAGGUGAACAGAACGAGUCUUCAGCUUUAAAAACAGGUAACAAGUAUACUGUAGGAGCACUGCAGGCUCAGCUGGAGGAGCAGUCCAGGCUUUCUAGAGAACAAGUUGAAGGACUCAUGGAGGAUAGACAAAUUCGCAUUGAGGAAAUACAAGUCCUACACCAGAGAAAUCAGGACAAAAUCAAAGAGCUUACCAAAAGUCUUCAUCACACCCAAGAACUUCUUUAUGAGAGCACCAAAGAUUUUUUACAGCUCAAAUUUGAAAACCAAAAUAAAGAGAAGUCAUGGAUGCUUGAAAAGGAUCAUUUGAUGUCAAAGAUUAAGCAAUGUAGUGUGCAGUGUAAGAGGAAAGAAGAUAAAAUUGGAAAAGGUUUGCCAGUUAUGCAUGAGAAUCAUCAUACCCAAAAUGAAUAUAUUAAGUCCCUAAAAGAUAAAUUGCUUCAAGAGAAAAAACUGUCCAACAUGUAUCAAGUUCAGUGUGUUUCCCUAGAAGAAGAACUUGCCCGAAUUCGUGAGGAAGAGGGAAUGAGGAGAGAGAUCUUUAAGGAUCGCACAAACAAGAUGGGGAAGCGUUUACAGAUAAUGACAAAACGCUAUGAGGCCUUGGAGCAUCGACGAAUCUUGGAAGUAGAAGGCUUUAAGACAGAUAUUAAGGUUCUCCGACAGAAACUGAAAGACUUGGAGCAAAUGCUCUAUAAGGCAACAGUUAAUGCCCGGGCAAACCAGGAUCUUGCUAUGCUUUGUGAAGUCCGUGACAGCAAUCGGCGGGCAUAUAAGAUACAAGGAGAACUGAGGAACCUUAAGUCCAAAGUGUUUGGUCUGGAGAAUGAACUUAGACUCUGUUGAUAAUAUCCUUUUGGAAAUGACCCCCAUUUUAAAGAGGUCUACCUCCUGAAAUCUGAGAAAAAUGACAUCUGCUUCCAGAAAGUAUAGACCCAGAGUUGACUACAAUAGUGAGAUCCAUUAUUAUAAAGACAGGAUGAAGACUCAAAGACCACUAAGAAAGCUUUUAUUGCAUACUAAGCUUUAUUUAUAAUUUCUGGGUCCUAUGAGCUAUUUGUGGGGGGAGGCCUGGACCUGAUGCC